AUGGAGAGGAUCGACGUCCACGCUCAUUGUGUCCCGCCAUCGUAUCGGGAGUAUUGCUUAAAGAAUGAUUUCGCUGGACGAGGACACCCUGAUGGCAUGCCAGCAAUACCCGAAUGGGAUCCCGAGAACCACAUUGUGAUGAUGAAAGAUAUAGGCAUCACAAGAUCAAUUCUUAGCAUGUCAUCACCUGGGACACACAUAUUCCCUGGCGAUGACCACCAAGCCCGGAAACUGACAAGAGAGGUAAACGAAUACAUGUCAGAAGUUUGCAACCAACACAAGCAAUACUUUCAAUUCUUCGCAUCGCUCCCACUUCCAGAUGUCGAAGGCUCCCUUGCGGAGAUCGAUCAUGCCCUUGACCAUCUAGGCGCUGUGGGGUUCCAAAUACUGACCAAUUCCCACGGCAUCUAUCCCGGUGAUCCACGACUCAGCCGCGUUUUUGACAAGCUCAGUGAACGACAGACCAUAGUCUUCUUUCACCCAACCAGUUGCAACAUUCAACGAGAGACAGGCUCGGUGGAGCACGUGAACCCGAUUGCAGGAGUCCCGAGUCCCCUGAUGGAGUUUAUGUUCGAUACGACCCGGGCCUUGACGAGUUUGUUUAUGCAUGGGACAAUCACUCGGUGUACCGGUAUCACUUUUGUGAUAUGUCACUGUGGUGCAACCUUUCCACCAAUUGUGGCGCGAAUCGCCGAAUUCUCCUCAUUUCUCGUUAAGGAUGGAGAGCCAUUCACCAUUGAAACCAUAAAGAAUCUACUACAGACUCGGUUCUACAUUGACCUUGCCGGUAUACCAUUUCCAGAUCAGAUUCACGGUCUCCUUCGCCUUGUCGACUCUAGUAGAUUAGUCUACGGGAGCGACUAUCCCUUUACGCCAGCGCCGCUUGCGAAAUCUUUGGCGAAGAGAAUGGAUGAGGGUCUGAAUACUAAUUUUGGGUCCGAUACGCAUAGGCGUGUUCUAUUGACGAAUGCUCAAACCAUGUUAGAUAAAUCCUUACCGUGA